AUGAUUGUCUUCAUCGGCCUUUUCGUGCUCUGCAAGCCGUUGUCAGCAACUUGGAACGGUGAUGGAAAAUGCUCACCACCUUCGGUUUUGGCCAUUCUGGCCUGUUUUGUCUCGGCCUCCUCUAUAUUGACCGACAUUAUCUGUGCGGCACUACCAGCAUUGAUGUUGUACAAAGCGCAGAUGAAGUUAGCGACAAAGGUUUCUAUCAGUAUGGUGCUUGGACUUGGUGCUCUUGCAUCUGUUGCUACAAUUAUUCGAAUGCCAUUUGUCCUGUUUUACUUCCACCCUAAUCCGGACUAUCUUUAUCGGCAUUGCCACGUCUCUCUAUGGAGUACCAUUGAAGCAGGAAUCGGUAUCAUAGCCGGUUCUCUCCCCGCUUUGAGAAAGUUUGUCAAACGCUGGAUUACAUUUGACAGCUCAGCUCGCCAGUAUUCGCCCCCGAAGCUAUACGGAGGGGGAUCACAUGGGUUGGGUAUCACCAGUCAUAUCGCAACCGCAAACCGUGUGAAAGGAUACAACAUAUCACGAGACGUGGAGAAUGACGGCAAGGAUCACUGGGAUGGUCUUGACGAUGGCUCAUCUAGGAAAGGGAUUAUGGUUACCGUGGACGUGGAGAUGCAUACAUUGCAGAACAAUGCGGAAUCGAUAGGAUCUCGUGUCUCAGAUGAGACCUAUGCGAGACCAGCUUAG